AUGGUUGAUUUGAAUCCAAGCAUAAUCAAGGAUGAUAAUAAAAUUCAACAAUUUUUUAGGUCUGAAUCAGCAGACCGCCUUUUACGAAUUAUUGGCAACGGAGUUGUCAAAGAUGGCUAUAACAUGUUUAUGGCACCAGGCCAAGCGCAAGGUUUGACGACUGACGAUUUUGAAGUUGAUAUGUAUCUGGCAAUGGGCUGGUUUGAUCGACGAUUGGCACAUAACUGCACUUAUCCUAUACUUGUAGCAAAUAAAUUUAUUGCUGACCGCAUAUGGCAUCCAGAUCUUUAUUUUGUAAAUUCUAAAUUUGCCUACCUCCAAGAAGUGACUACACCGAAUUUCAUGGUUAUUAUAUACCCAGAUGGAUUAAUUUUUAAAUCAAUGAGAAUAGAUGUUACGUUAUCAUGUAUGAUGGAUCUUCAAAGGUUCCCGAUGGACAAGCAGGAAUGUCCACUUGUUAUACAAAGCUAUGCUUAUGUGGAGAAUAUCCUUAAUCUUACUUGGCACAACGAUCCUCCGAAUUUUCCCAUAGGAAGUAACAGCGAAAUCAAAUUGAAUGACAUGAUUAUUACCAAUACACGAUUUGAGAGAUGUAGUGGGCCGUAUCCAAUGUUUCGAAAAUCAGGAAAUUGGUCAUGUAUAAAGGCCUUCAUAGUAAUGAAAAGAUUGAUGUUAUUUCAUAUAAUUCAGACGUAUAUACCAACUGGAAUGUUAGUAUCUAUAUCUUGGAUGAGCUUUUGGCUCGAUCCACGAGCGUCUCCUGCCAGAAUAUCAUUAACCAUCACUUCUCUUCUUACACUGACCACUAUGAGCAAUGGAGCUCGUCAAGAUUUGCCUCAAGCGAUGAAUUUUUUAAAAUAUUAUUUGUUACAGGUGAGCUAUAUAAAAGCGCUCGAUAUAUGGCUUACAUUCUCUCAGGCCUUGAUCUUUUUAGUUUUGCUUGAAUAUUCAUUUGUUAGUUAUUAUGUGACAAAAAGAGAAUAUAACUGCAUCCAUAAGCUUGUUGCCGAUAUUGCUGAUAUUUAUUCUAGUGAUGGCACGCAGGUUUUUUUUAUAUAUUUCCAUUAUCAAGAGUAA